AUGGCUUUCUAUUCUUUGCAAAUGUUGAACAUUGCUCUUGAAUUGGCAAAAACCAGACCAGUUUAUGAAAGUAUUGCUUCCAAGUUUUUCGAACAUUUUGUUAUCAUCGCGGAUGCCAUGUCAUAUACCGGUGGUGAUGGUGGUGAAGAAAUUUCUCAUGAUUCUUUGUGGGAUGACAAUGAUAAGUUCUACUACGAUUCUAUUAGAUACGAUGAUGGUUCUGUUGAAUCAUUGCACGUUAGAUCAUUGGUUGGUUUGAUUCCAUUGUAUGCUUCCUUGACUUUGGAGCCUGAUCUUUUGGACAGAUACCCAAGAUUUAAAAAACGUUUGAACUGGUUCUUGGAACACAGAAAAACCAUGUCUGAAAGAAACAUUGCAUCUAUGGAAACUAGAGGUGUUGGUGAAAGAUUAUUAUUGGCCUUGGUGUCCAAGGAAAGAUUGCUUGCUAUUUUGGAUAGAAUGUUGAAUGAAGAUGAAUUUUUAUCUGAUUAUGGUAUUAGAUCAUUAUCCAAACACCACAAGGAUCACCCAUAUGUCAAAGAAGUCAAUGGCCAACGUUUUGAAGUUGCAUAUUUGUCAGGAGAAUCAGAUUCCGGUAUGUUUGGUGGUAAUUCCAACUGGAGAGGUCCUAUUUGGUUACCAACCACCUUUUUGUUGGUGGAAGCAUUGCAAAGAUUCUACUUGUACUAUGGUCCAGAUUUGAAGGUUGAAUGUCCAAAAGGAUCUGGUGAUUAUUUGAACUUGGCUCAAUGUGCUCAAGAAAUCCAACACCGUGUUAUUCGUAUCUUUUUGCCAGAUGAAGAAGGUAACCGUGCUUGUAAUGGUGACAAUGACACUUUGAACAAAGACCCAUACUUUAAGGACUAUGUUCCAUUUUAUGAAUAUUUCGAUGGUGAUACUGGUAGAGGUUUGGGUGCAUCACAUCAAACUGGUUGGACUUCAUUGGUUACCAAAUGGAUUCAUGACAAUGCAGCAGCCAACAGAAUGCCAAAGACACCUGCCACUCCAAAGAAUAGAAAGAGUGAAUCUGUUAUUUUGCAUGAAACUGAAUCUGCCGAUGCUGCCACUGAAGAAGAAUAUUUUAAGCAUGCUCCAAGAGCAGGUCCAAUUCCAGGAAGUUUAGGUAGAAGAAAAUCUGGUAAAUCAUUGUUGAACUUGACUGUUAAUGCUUUGGAUUUGAACGAUGAUGAAGAACAUGCCACUACUAAAGCUGCCGUUGCUUCUGAAAUUGGUGAAAGACAUAUCACUGAAGAAGAAUUGAAUAAAUUACAGAAGGUUCAAUCUGGUGCUUCCAUAGAUUCUGGAGAAGCUGCAUUAGUUGACCACGAUUUGUUAGAACAAGUUAAAGCUGCUUUUAAGAAAUAUAGAUCUAGAGGUGAUGAAUGUGAUGGUGAUGAAGUUGAAACUAGAUGUUCCUAUUUGUAA